AUGAGGCCGAGCGGACAGGCGCUGCGAUCGCUGGCCGCCAAGGCGUCGGCGUCCGCGUCUGUCUUCCGCGCCGUCGACUCGGCGCCGCCGCUCGAGAUCUUCAGCGUGGUGGCAGGCUUCGCGCGCGACACCCACCCCAGCAAGGUCGACCUCGGCAUCGGCGCUUAUCGCACCAAUGAGGGACAGCCUUGGGUGAUGCCCUGGGUGCAGCGAAUUGAGCAGCUUAUGGGUGAAGACAAGACAAGGAACCAUGAGUACUUGACAUUCCUGGGCUGUGACACUUUCAGCCAAGCAGCAACUGCCCUGUUGUUGGGACCUGAAAGUGAUGUUGUGAGGCAGGGAAAGGCCUUUGGCAUACAGAGCCUCGGGGGAACGGGAUGUGUACGUAUUGGAUCUGAAUUCUUAUCCAGAGUACUGAAUUACAAUACUGCCUACAUUCCUGCACAAACUUGGGAUAACCAUCACAGAGUUAUGUCUCGAAGUGGAUUCACACACUUGAAGGAGUACAGGUAUUGGCAUCCUCUGAAUAAGGCACUAGAUUUUGAGGGUCUAACUGAAGACUUGUCAUCUGCUCCCAAAUAUUCUGUGGUGGUGUUACAUCCAUGUGCCCACAAUCCUACCGGCUGUGAUCCAACACAAGAACAAUGGGAUAGGAUUGCUGACAUUAUUCAGGAAAGAAAACUCUUUCCAUUUUUUGACACAGCCUACCAAGGCCUGGCUUCAGGUGAUGUUGACCAAGAUGCAUGGGCUGUUCGUCAUUUUGUUAAAAGGGAACUUGAAUUGUUUUGUGCUCAAUCUUUCUCCAAGUCCUGUGGAUUGUAUGGUGAACGAAUUGGCAACUUAACAGUAGUUUUGCAUGAUCCAGAUCAGAUUGAGAAGAUGAGAUCACAGUUUCGUAUUAUUGUGAGAGCCCUGUACUGCAGUCCUCCAAGACAUGGUGCACAGAUUGUUUCCACAAUGCUUCAAGACCCAAAUAUGCAGGAGGAAUGGCGAGCAUGCUUAAGGGAAAUGGCUGGCCGAAUCCGAGACAUGAGACACAGUCUGAGACAGAAACUUGAAGGAAUGAAAACACCAGGCACCUGGGAGCACAUAACUAAACAAGUGGGGAUGUUUUCAUUCACAGGUCUUACAGAACACCAAGUUCAGUACAUGAAGGAAAAGCACCACAUAUACAUGUUAAGCAGUGGAAGAGCCAACAUGUGUGGACUCAACAACAAAAAUCUGGAUUAUGUUGCAAGUGCUAUCCAUAAUACAGUGACACAGAUAAAAUAAAGAUAGAAAUUCAACACUCAUCCAAGAGUGAACUGUGUUGUUUUGAGUUACAGUGAUUGUUCCUUUUUAAUGUGAAUGGUGACCAGUCUGCCUGUUACAUGUGUAUUGCUCUCAAGUAAAUUUGUUAUGGGAACACGUUUAUUAAUAUAGCUGUGCUAUCAAAUCAAAAGGAAUAAAAGUAUGAAAUACUACAUUGAUUUUAUUUCUUUAUUGUUUUAUUUUUAUGUAGCAGACUACUAUGUUAAUCUGUGAAUUGAUCAUUAUUCCAUAAGUUACAUUUUAAACAAUGUUUUAUUUCAACUAACAAAAUUUGGGUCCUAUAUAAAAUGUAACUAUAACAACUGCACAAAAAUUCAUCCCAACUCCAAAAUUAUAUUUUCAUACAAUCUGCCUUCUAGGACAUUAGUUCAAGUUUAAUUAACACUAAAUUGUGGAGUCUGUAAAUGUCUCCUUCAGUAAUAUUUCUAUAUCAUAAUGCUGUAAGUGGUUUAAGAUAGUAACAAUAGAAUCUUUUGAUUUUUAUAUGUUAUAAAUAUGCAAAUGUAUACCACAUUUAAUUUUUUUUAUCACCUAUCAAUACCAAAAGAACACAUUCAAAACUACUGUUUGUGGACUGCAUAUUAUGUAAUAGGUGACAGUGUGACCUCAGUUUGUUAGAAAACAACAUUGUAGAAUAAAGAAUUUUAUAUUUUGGAUCAUGA